UCAAACUAUCGGGGAUAAGCUUUUAUACAACUCUCCAUAAUAGAACAUGAAGCAGUUAACGGUGCAUUUCGCUGUUCAGCGCCCCACCUUGACAACGAGACAUACAAAGAAAUGGAUCGCAUUCAUUAUUUUGCGCUAUUGACUGUGUGUUUAAUUUGUGGGUUGAUCGUUGGGCUAAUUUAGUGUAGUUUCUCGUUUUCCCCUUCUAUGCGACACCUGUUUUGGGGGUAGUGACUUAUACAAGCACCGUCAGAUUUCUUGAUAGCCUGAAAUAAUCGAUUACAACCCAUGAAAUCGAGAGAUUGGGAAAGUGGAAUAAAUCAUAACAAACAAAAAAAAAACGAAGGUGAAGUCCUUCAGCCGCCUGGCUAGACGACUGCAACUGGAAAGGGAGAGAGUAGUGGGGGCGCCGCCGAAGCUCUUAGGCGGAUCUCGUCUGCAAUUCUGCCGCUUUAUACAUUAUUCAUGCGACCUGAUUUUUUGGAGUGUAAUUGCCCUCGCAGCGGGAGGUAAUCGGUAUUGUGAGCGUGCUUGUGUGAGUGGGAGCGCGUCGCCGGUUACCGAUCUGCAGAAAGGGCACGAGACCUCCAGACGUAGGGAAUUAGAAACAGACCUCUUUGGGGAAAAUAGACGUCUAUUGAUUUUUUUCUCUUGUCGUUUGACAAAUCUACGUCAGCCAUCCCUACAAGUCCGAGAUCAGAACAGUCAUCUGUUGCUGCUACUGCCUUGAAUUGCCGGGAAAUAAGAUUCACAAGUAGUUCUUUAGGAGAGUCUCCGAUUAAUCCGGGCAUGGAUUCCAUAUCAUUUCCAGACUGAAACCUGUAACUGAAGACAAACGCUGAUGAUGGGAGAUGUCAGUUCAAUUGAUCUGGAUUUUGAACCUCACGGUCGACCUCGUUCGUGCACCUGGCCUCUGCCUUGUCCGGAAGAUUUUCCCGGAGAGGAUGAAAACCUAGGUUUCCCCUUGCCUACAAUAAAGGUGGAGCCCGACUGCGUUCCUGCUUGCAGAGGCGAGAGAAAUGGAGGUGCUCCGAUCGAAAUGAAACACCCAACCGGCGUCCUUGCUCCAUCCACCGGCUCUCUGUCGUACAUGAGUGGCGGAGCGCUGGAUGUAGCUGGUCAGCUGCGCAAAGCCAAGUCCUCGCGCAGGAACGCGUGGGGAAACCAGUCGUACGCGGACCUCAUCACGCGCGCCAUUGAGAGCAGCGCGGACCGAAGGCUGACGCUGUCACAGAUCUAUGACUGGAUGGUCCGCUACGUCCCUUAUUUCAAGGAUAAGGGCGAUAGCAACAGCUCAGCUGGUUGGAAGAACUCCAUCCGCCACAACCUGUCGCUGCACACCCGCUUCAUUCGGGUGCAGAACGAGGGCACGGGCAAGAGCUCCUGGUGGAUGCUGAACCCGGAAGGCGGCAGGGCAGGCAAGGCGCCCCGGCGGCGGGCCGGGUCUGUGGACGGCGAGGCCCGCUACCUGAAGUGUAAGGGGCGGAUUCCUCGCAGGAGGAUGGUAGGAGGGGCAGGGCCUUGCCCACAGGGCUCCCCGGAGCAUGGCAGCCCGGCGGGGGCAGUGGCUGCUGGGGGAGGUACCAUGGGAGGUGCUGUGGGUGGAGCUGCAGGAGGCAGUUCCAUGGGAUUCGACACAUGGUCGGGAUUCCCCUCCCGCACGAGCUGCUCCGCACCGCCGCCUGUGAAGACUGAGCCGGAACCACGGGAGCCCGAGGAGGAAAGUCCGGCCUGCUCGGCCUCGCCCCAGGUGUACUGCAGCCCGCAUGGGGCCCACUCCCCCGCUCUGGAGGUGCCUGGACAGCUGGCGGCCCUCGCGGGAGCGGUGGCGCUGGAGGAGCCGUACAAGCAGCCCCAGCGGCUCAAGCCUGUUAGCUUCCCAUUCCCAGGCCAGGACUCCUACUGCACACCCGUGUACAGACAGUCAACCCCACGGCGCCACUCGCCGAUGCAGACCAUCCAGGAGGACCGGCCUGCCGGCUUCCAUGGUGCCCCCUAUGCCAACUCCAGUGCAUUGCAGGAGCUACUUGCCGGCGGUCCUCGGUACUGCGGCGAGGAUGUGGAUGGUGACACACGGCCGCUGAUGGGCACCACUGCAGGCGAGCUGGUUCCCCACAUCCAGAGCGUAGAUGUCAGCCACCGUCAGAGACAGCACGGUGGGCACAGACAGCCUCCCGUCCCCCGUGGGCACGGCCACGCCCACGGCCAGCCCACCCGGAGCCACAGCCUGGUGCACGCUCAGCCCCGACCACAGCAGCUGGCUGCCCAGUUCAGCAGCAGCCACCUUCCCUCCUACAGUCUGAAGGCCCCGAGCUUGUACAGCCCCCCAGGCCAUGCCUGUGUGCAUGCGGCGGCCCCUGCCAGCCUGCCCCCAAACCCCGCCAGCAUGCUGGGGGUGCUGCAGGACUCCUGCCGUUUGGCCACUGCCCCGCACCCUCGCCAGCCGCCCUGUCCCGGAGGCUACCUGCAAGGCGGCCUCGACACUGGCUGUGGGCCUCUCCUGCAUGGCCAGGGCAUCGGUUAUGUCGCACGCCCGGAGCCACAGCAUGAGGGCGCUGUGCUGCACGGCAACCUGGACUGCAGCAUGGAGUCUGCCUUCCGCAGUGACUUUUCAGACUUCGAGGAGGUGGAUUUCAACUUUGACUGCUCAGUCUCCCAGGGGAUGGGACCUGGAAGCGGUGUGGGCGUGGGUUUAGGGGUAUGGGGGUUCAGCUACCCUCAGCAAGCCCACGGAAGCCAGGGCUGGGUGCCGAGCUGAGGAAGGGGCAGUGUGCUGUGUGUGUUUGUGUGUUUGACCUGGCAAGCUAUCCACGGUACUCUCAGUGUCUCCGGUGCCUUUGUGAGUCCGAGUCUCCUGCUGCUUUGCUGGUGUCUGUGCCCCGCCCUCUCCCAUGAGAGCGAUACUGUGGGGAAAUCCUCACUGAGCUGCACCGUCUAACACGUACACUGUAUAGUUGGUAGGACAAGCAUCUCAUCUACUCCAUUUCCUUACGCAUAUUUAUUUUAGGAAACCCCAAAAUCAGCCUGCAUAGCUCACUUGAUAUCUGUAGCGUUAUCUACAUGAAUACUAAACAGUGACUUAUAUUUGAAUACAUGACACACAAAAGAAUUUUAAGUAUUUUAUAUAAACCUUCCUCUUACGGUGGAAAAUGUACGAAUCAGUGGAAGUUUUUACAGAUCCUCUGAAGAGUGGAUUUUACAGCAAAUUCUAAGAAGCAUGUCUAAAAUCAUGCACCACUUGCAAUAAAAAAUGCUCUCAUAUGCAGCAAAUUUAAAUACAUGGUCAAAUCGGUUGCGUAGCAUGUCCUUCUCGUCGGCUGUGUGGCAGCCUUGCUAAUGACUAUCGGCUCUGACGGGCCCUCCCAGAACUGCCGCCCGGGAUCCGCAACCUGAGCUCUGUUUCCCAUCUCAAUGUCCACAUCCCUCAAUUGAAAUUCAGCACCUCACUUUUAAUAAACACUCUUGCCUUGCUGCUGCAUUACAAUUGCAAAUUCAGAGGGGCAUUUUUUUUACCUCAGCUUUACACCUACUGAAUAGGUUGAGUGAAAGUAUGAAUCAAUUGUCCUGCGGUGUUUUGUGUAGGUGUGUGUGUGUGUGUG